AUGACUGAACAGACGAGUGAGCUGAGCUACCUGAAGUCGCUUGUUGCCGAGCUGAACAAGAAGAUUGCAAGCCUCGAGGGCGAUGCCGGCAAGACUGCCGAGGGUGUGCGCAUGGUGCUUGUGGGCCCCCCCGGUGCCGGCAAGGGCACGCAGGCCCCCAAGAUCCUCGAGCGUUUCCAGAACCUCGUGUGUCACCUUGCGACUGGUGACCUGCUCCGUGCGCAGGUGAGCCAAGGUACCGAGCUCGGCAAGGAGGCCAAGAAGAUCAUGGACAAGGGUGCGCUUGUCAGCGACGAGAUCAUGGUCAACAUGAUCAAGGACCAGCUGGAGAACAACAAGCAGUGCCAAAAGGGUUUCAUCCUCGACGGUUUCCCCCGCACCACCCCCCAGGCCGAGAAGCUUGACCAGAUGCUCCAAGAGCGCAAGCAGAAGCUCGACCACGUCGUGGAGCUCCAGAUCCCCGACUCGCUGCUCAUCAGCCGCAUCCUCGGCCGCCUGGUCCACCCCGCCUCGGGCCGCAGCUACCACACCGAGUUCAACCCCCCCAAGAAGCCCAUGACCGACGACGUGACCGGUGAGCCUCUUGAGCACCGCUCGGACGACAACGAGGCGACGCUCAGCAAGCGUCUCGGCACCUACCACCAGCAGACCACCGCGGUGACCGACUACUACAAGAAGCACGGCAUCUGGUCGCCCGUCGACGCGACCGCCUCGCCCAGCACGGUGUGGCAGUCGAUCAGUGCCAUUUUUGACGGCAAGAGCGCCUAA